AUGAAAUCUUGUAUUGAUAAAUCUCAGAAAGAUCGAUUAUCAUCAUCUCUCAAUGGAAUGACACAACUUGAACAGAUUAUUCAUAAUAAUUUCAUAAAAUAUUCAGGCAAUGGUGAUGCCAAAAAUUGUUUAUUACAAACCAUGAACCAAUUUAAACAAUGUCAACUGUCUCGACUCGAUCAAAUUCAAGCUAUUCCAUAUUUAUUGGAAGACUCGACAUAUUUAUGGUAUAUUGAAAAUGAACAAUCAAUUAUUAGCUUUGAAUCAUUUUGCAAGUUAUUUCUUCAACAAUUUGCGUAUAACACAUCUUCAUCAUCAGAUAAUACUUCAUCUCUUACCUCUCAACUUUCUGUUACGAUGGUUCGGGAAAUUAUAAGAACCCCUACUUAUUAUCGUGGAUCAAACGAUGAUGUUCAAGAUUGGUUGGGAAAAUUGGAACAACGGUUUAAAAUGGCAAACUGGGAUGAUGAACAUAAAUUACGAUAUAUUUCUCUACAUUUACAAGAUGAUGCGUAUAAAUGGUGGAUUCAAGCAUCAGAAAAAAUUACGUCGUGGUCGAGUUUUGUUAAUGGUAUUAAGCAAGCAUUUGGAUCAAUAAAAAUGAAAGAAUUGGCAUUUGAACAAUUAAGGUGGUAUAUACAGGGGGUCCCAAAAUUAUAGAACCCCCCCUUUAUUUUUGAAAAUCUUCAGCAAAGAUGAAUAGCUAGAUCAAAUCGAAAUAGUGAUUUAGAUAGCCCUUGAAAUUCUCUAUCGAACAUGGUAUAGA